UUCCAGUGCUCCUAUAAGAAUAAAUUAGAAAGAAAAAAAAGAUAAACUCAUAUUAGUCUAAAGAAUUUACGGUAUAUGCUUCAGGGUCUGUUUUGAAUUUCAAAGUUGAAUUUCUAGUUUGAGCCCUUCCUAUUACAAAAUAUUUUCAGCAGGAAAUUAAUAAUGGCUGAAGACAAUAAUGACCCAAUUUUAGGUGGAAGUGAAUCUUCAGGAGAUUUUGUUGAAGGUUUUGCUAGUAUAAAUCCACCAGGUAGUCCUUUUCAAAACUGGCCAGGAGGUGAAGGAGGCUGGCUUCAUCAAAUUGUGCUCUAUGCUGCCAAGGAGCCUUGGCAGUUUUGUUGGUAUGUGUUGCUGCUGCUCUCUCCCAUGUUCUGCAUCAGUGCUGUCCUUUCAUGGAAACUCGCGCAAGCUUUGGAUGCCCAAGAAAAGGACAAGGCAAGAAAAAACAAGAAAAAAGCCAAUCUGAGCAAAGUGAAGAAGGGCAAAUCAGACUGAAUGUUAUUUGAAUAUUAUUACACAUGUCAAUGUGGUAGGUACGUAAAUGCCAAGCUGUGAUUGCUUCGAAAUUGGCAGCAUUAUGAAAGUGCAGUUGAGGAAAAAUCCCAUUGGUUUUUGAGCUAAGACUUGAUUUUGUAUUGCAGAUUGUAGGCAUAAAUGUCAAGAUUAAUUAAAUGUUCUUGUAUGUUUUCCAAAAAAUAUCUAUUGCAUGAUGUCAGUAUCUUAAGUGCUUGUAUAACAUCAUUCCAUUGAAAAUGUUUGAACUAAGUUCCCAUUCAUUUUAUUAUUUGUUUUUGGAAUAUUGAGACUUGACUUUUCUAUGAGCACUUAGUUGAUAAUGACUAAAAUAUUAUGCAGUGAAGUUUCACAUUCUUUUAGUUUUACAUGAAUCUUUGCAGUAAGUUUCAACUGAAUAAUUGACUGUUUCUGGUGCUCUGUUUCAAUCUAUUGUUUUCAUUGUAGUAUGUGCAUAUGUAAACUUAUAUAAAUGCAUGUUAAAUACUUCAAUUCCAGUCAAGUUUACUUGAAUGACAGUGGAUUCAUUAAAAUCCUGUAUUUACUUUCCAUUCUAUGGCUUUAGAUUCAUUUCUGGAAACAAAGGUUCCACAUUCCAGGGUCUUUUCUUAGGUACUGUGUCCUGCCGUGAUACUAGACUCAUUAUUUGCAUGUGUCUGGUGUCAAUGUGGCAUCUAAUUAUAUUUAUUAUAAUUAUAUUAUGAAAUUAGAUCAUCUGUAAUUGAGAGGUAGUACCGUAUUAUUCACAACGUGAUAGAGAUUCAAGGAAAAGUACACUAGACUAAUCCAUCAAUCCAUUUCAAUGAAUCUCAUAUCACGUUAAGUGAAUUUUACUUGUCAAUUACAGAUUAUCUAAUCUUAAAAUAUAAUUAUAAUGAAUAUAAUGAGACACCAGUUUGACACUGGACACAGGGGGUGUAAAAUAUUUUUACUAAAGAAUAUUUUCACUCAAUAGAAUAUUUUUAUUCAAUAGUCAAGAUUUUUACUUGAACUAUUCCACGAUACUGAUUUUAGCUCCUUACUGUAACUCAACCUGAGCUAAUGUACGUAUGCACUCUUCAUGAUCAUGAAUCAUUCUCAUUUAUUCAUUCCAAUAAAUUGACAAGCUAUCUGAGUAGUAAAUGUGAUAAUUCUAUUGGUUAUUGGGCUAGGGAAUUCAGUAUGAGUUUGAAUUAAAUAUAUAGCCAAUUGGAAUCCUGCUAUUUGUAAAUUGUAUUUCCUAUUUAUUGUCUAUCUUUUGGUCGAGAAUUAAGAUUAUAGUUUCUUGUUUUUGUAUAUCCUAAAGUUGUGAUUUGAGAUUGUAGUAUUUCCAAAAUAUCUUAUGCCCUUUUUUAGUUUGCAUAUGUCACGGCAGUGAGAAUUACAAUUAUUUCGUCCAGUGUGUGUUUAUCUUCAGAGAGAAAUAGAAUUUAUUUGUUUAUACUGAAAAAGUUGUAUUUAUAGAACUUUAUUAUGAGAACCGUCAUACCUCAUAUUCUUUCAUUACCGAACUGGUAAUCGUGGAUAGAACUUCAGCUAAUACUGCCUGGUGGUACUAAUCCAUCGUGGCCUGGGACUGCUAUGUCCCAAACAAGUACUAAGGAUACUAAGGUUACUUUUUGGCAACUUACACUCCUACUGUUGUGUAUGAAAUUGUAAGCAAUAUCUAACAGUUAUAAAUUAUUUAUCAUGUAAUACUUCUCAUUCAUGACCUUAAAUUUAAUUUUUAUUUUUUCAUUUGGAAUCUAGAUGAAGUCUAUGCUUCAAGUUGGUUCAUAUUACAUAACCAAUGUUAGGUUGGUGUGACCAGCUCAGUUAUACGGCACUUUUAUAUCCAUUGUUUUCAUUUUAUUUAAUUUCUUCAUCUCGUUGUUCAAGACAAAAUUAUUUUAUUCUUGAUUGCAACUAUUGAAUUGUUGUAAUAUAAGCAAUGCAUAACUGUUCUUUCAAAUGGAUCAAGUUCCUUAUGUCCAUCUUUUUUCGCUCCUCUGUUGCAUUUUGAUUUUUUCUCACUAACAUUUAUAAUUUUGUGACGUGAUCUAAGCUACCGUACAACAACAUUAUCCUUCAAACUGCUACUUAACCAAAUUUGUAUAUAAUUGAGAAUCCGAAUUUUAAUUUAUGUUUAAUUGGGUAUCGGAAUUUUAUACCUGGCAUUAUUUCACUGUCUCCAAAAAUUAUACAUGCCUUUUUAUCAUUUUGCAUCGGCAUUAUAUACUUCCAAUAAAUUAUUUGUUUUUUUUUUUCUCUUUGUCUAUGCAGAUCGAAUAAUAGCUUUGAUACUCUUAUAAUAUUUUAAACAAUAACAUUGUUGAACUAGGUUUCUGAAAGAGCUUAUUCAUAGCAUUGAUAAGAGCACAGCUCAUGUGAUCAGAAUUAGAAGCUAAUCUGCUUGACCGUGAUGGUGUCUGUUGGUUUGCUUAAAUAUUUUCCUAAUAUCUCGCACUGGCUCUACUCUAUUUUGUUUUUACUUGCUUUUAAGGUUUCUCAAUUUAUACUAUCAUUUGAUUUGAGUUAUUGUUUUGAUUUUUGAGCUCAUAGGUGCUGUUUUAUUCCAUUUCUACCUGAUUUACUAGUGGUUAAUGUGAAGGCGUUCGGUGGCCAGUUAUUUUUUUUCUUUGCGUUGGAGUGUCUUGUGCUGAUUGUGUUGCAGACUGGGGAGCAUAAUGCAGAAAUUUGGCCAGGGAGAAACUGUUUGAAUUAUGUGGACUAUCGCACACAGUCGAAAGUUCUAUUUGUCUGAUGUUGGGUUGUCACUAAAACGUAACUCGUCAUUAAUGUUAUAGUUCGUUGGCAUUUCCUGAUUACGUAUAUUUUACUUGUGUUUUUUUGUAUUUAUGGGAUUAUUUUGUAGUAAAAAAUAAAUGAUUUCUUUGUGAAUAUAGAAACGAAUAAAGGAGUUUUAA